UGUCAGCUGCGCGUGUCUCCUCCCGCACAAUCCUCCUGUCCCGGAAGAAGGAAGAGAUUUCGCAAAGAGAGGAAAGUCUGUUGACAGCAGAAUUCACACCCAGGCCACUGUCAAGUUUGAACACAUUUACUGUCUUAUUAAAUCCGUCCAGCGUCGCAUUCUGGUAUUUGGACGUAGCAGGCGCUCUCAAGGUAUGGGAUAUGGCUGCGCCUGAAACGCAGUUUAUGUUAAGCGUCGGAUUGAUCGAGAAAGAUGUGAAUGGAGACACGCUGUGGGUGUGGUGCUACCCCUCUGUGGGCUCAGACCUGAGGCAAGUCCUGCUCAACAAGUGCUGCCUGACCCAGGACGGCCGGGGUUUCAACACCUUUGUGUUUGGUCAGUUCUGUCGUACCUGGUACUACAUCACCACAGUGGAGGUACAGGAACCCACAGCGCUAAACAAGGUCACUCAUUUUUCAAUAGUUGUUACAGCAAAAGACUUCAACCCUGAGAAGUAUGCUGCACUUAGUAGAAUACUCUGCAGGAUGUACAUCAAACAUGGCAGUCCAGUGAAAAUGAUGGAGGCUUAUGUCACCGUCCUCACCAAAGGAAUUUGCCAGAGCGAUGAGAACGGCUCAUUUCUAAUUAAGGACUAUGAUGUCCGGAAAGCGUACUUGGCUGGUUCGGUCAAAGAUGUGGUCUCUCAGUUUGGUAUGGAGACUGUCAUCCUGUAUACCGCUCUCAUGCUGAAGAAGAGGAUCGUUGUCCAUCACCCUCGGAUUGAAGCGUUGUUGGAGUUUACAAGAGUUCUGCCGACUCUGACAUGGCACAGAAAAGACUGGACCAUCCUGCACCCGUAUGUGCACCUGACUGAUGUUGAACUAGAGGAUCUCAAGAAAUGCCCUGGAUAUAUAGCAGGAUUUGUAGAUCCGGAAGUGAGCAACAGAUCGGACUUGUUUGAUGUGUAUGUGAACCUCCCAGACAGUGUCAUCACAGUAUCCCAGAGUGCCAAAGAGGCCAUGGCUAUGGGGAAGUUACACAAGGACAUUGGCCACCUUAUUGUCCAGUCUGCUGAAGAUGCUGAGAGGUCAGAUAGUCAGGUCAUUAAGGAUAUUUCAGUCAAGACAAAAGAGAUCCUUGCCAACUUGGUGGCCCUGGCUGACGAGUGCGAAGACUCUAAAAUCACGUUGGAAGGUUUAAAGCAGCAUCAUUUCCCUCCGGCGACAGAGAACUUCCUCUUUCAUUUGGCAGCUGCCGAGCAGCUCUUACGGAUAUAAACCUGUUUUCAGACACUGUACUGCAGGAAGACAUUGUAGUUUUGUGUAUGUUGGGAUAAUUACUGUUUUCUGAAAGGCUUGUGCACACUCUCACGGUUAUCAUCAGAGUGAGCACAAGGCACUUUCUCACAGUAACCUUCAUGUGAGGUAGGACGUUUUUAUCUUGCACUGUUGUGCUAAUAUGUGACAUGACUCAAUACCAAUACCAGGAUGUUUUACAUCAUAGAAUUAAAGGAUAAGUUUGGCAAUAUGUUUUUUUUUUUUUGUCAACAAAUCCCACGAAAACACCAAAACCAACAAUGAAUUGAUCCUGCUAGGUAUUGUCUAUGUAUCCAGAGCCAUAUAUUAUUCCAUUGUGAAAAAAAUAUUAAAAACACAUCAGUGAGCUACACUGUUCCUUCAUUACCAUGAACAUGGGCACUGUAGUUCACUUUGACUCAAAUGUGUAUUAAUCCGCAGCUACAAAUAGUCCCCACUGAAUGCACUAUUUACUCCCGUUUGAGUUACGUCUGUUAAAACGACAGAGCCUAGCUGUUUUAGGAAGUUACGUUGCCUUUUUUUUUUUUUUUUUAAAUGAAACUAUAUAUUUGUGACUGUUUAUUUUUAAAGAUUUACGUCUUCAGCAGGAACCAAUGGGCUUGGAGCGGAGUGCCACAGACAGAGUAGGAAAGUCAGAAAGUAUUUAAAGAUGGACUAACGCACUGCUGAUUUUGGUCUUUUCAUGGGAUUUGGUGUCAAUAAGCUAGCUAAUAAUGUUAGCCUUAUCCUUUAACAUAAGCAGUUAUGGACAACGAGGAGCUACAGUAUUUGUCUGCAGUGUGAAAUGGAGACAAAUAAGCUGGUUCAUAUGAAAAUGCCAAUCCACAGUGCAAAGCUGCACUUACAAAUGUUUAAUGAGUUAGUUGGUAGAAACUGGAACAGACACAUUGCACAACAUGUUGGUUUAUUUACAUUUUUUUAAACAAUGUCACAUUUUGUAUUUUACUAAUGACUUUAGUGUUGCACACAACUGAAAUACAAGCAGAUUGUGUUGUAUUAUGAGGCUGUUUUAUAAAAAGUAACUAACUGAUUAAAUGAUUGGUGCUUCCAUGUCCACAUUGAUUUAUAUUGCAUCAUGUGUGUCUUACUGUUCAGAUUAUAUUUUUUUUAACUGAUGUAUAGUUAGCGCUGUUGUUUUACAGUUGAGUACAUUUUCAACCACAUUGCCACAAGGAUGGUUUUGUGCCUCAACAUAUCAGAUAAAACAGAGUGCAAUACAUAGAAAUGCUCAUGUAACUUUGAAAACUAAAUGUAUUUUCAUGAAUUGAUGUAAUAUUUCCUAUCUAUAAAUACACCUAAUAUUCCAAAUAAAUACAUUUACUAUCAAAAA